AUGCCUCCUGAACGUAUCAUCUGGAGUAAAUCUGGUUGAUCAAUCACCUUGCACACAUGAAGAAGACACGUGGUUAUCAUGCGGAUAUGCAGGAAUGCCGGACCUCGAAUUACGACUUGUUGAUAGGCCGGGAGGUGAAUCCAGAGGGCUGCUACAGGGCCGCUGCGGAGACAAACGAGACUGGGGCGCCAUCUGCAGCAAUACAUUUUACAAGGAGAGAGCAGGAAACGUUGCCUGCCGCGAUCUUGGAUUGUCCGAUUUCGCCUUAUCAGUUGGAUCCGCGUCCUUUGACGAAGUUGAUAUCGGGCAUACAACCAACUAUACGCUGUUCGUUGAUAUCGGUUGCGUUGGGAACGAAGCGAGUCUGAGUGAGUGUGAGCACUACUCGCUACGGCAGUGCCAGGCUUACACCACGCUGGAAUGCUUCACCGAAAUCAGAGAGUAUAACGAGACUGCCUAUUUAUGUGGUUCUAAGCAGCUGUGUGGUGCAAACUGUCAACAACAGAUUCAUCCAAUGGAUGAUUCUGAUGAUGAUGAUGAUUUUCACUACUGUCAAUGCGACGACUCCUGUGUUUUAUUCGACGACUGCUGUUACGACUUUGCCAACGUCUGCAGUCCUGCAGUAUCGAGUUUAGAGCGCGGGGGCUUCACGUCAGAUUGGUUUGGCUGUGUGUGGGUACCAGGCAGUCGGUUUACUCACAUUGGCUUCGUGGCCGUCAAUCGUUGCCCUGACGACUGGUUGGACCAAGGUACGCGCAAGCUGUGCGAAAUGGCAGUUAACGUGACAGACAUCGUUGGUUCCAUGCCAGUCUACGACGAACAAGGGGUGGAUUUCAAGAACAUAUACUGCGCCUUGUGUAACGGCAGAUCUGUGAUGACGUUACGCAGGUGGAAUGUGUUUGCCUCAGACAAUGUAAUAGACUCAACCGAGAUGAAUUAUUAUCCGGCUCUUAACCGAUCCUUGCCAACAAAAGGCUGGAUUACAGCUCCUCCAAAAGGUCACAAACCGAUACGAAAGUGCUCUACGCACCUCAUCAAUACCUGUUCACAAGAAUUCUGGGGCACCGCAUCUGAGACAGCUUGUAGAUCGUACUACGCACCCGUGCGAACUGGUCGGGAGAAUAUCCGAUACCGUAAUCCGCACUGUGCUAUGUGCAAUGGUAAAAACCUUGUACCGGACAAUUCCUGCAAGGACCACGUUUGUAAGUUCUGGUGCGACCCAUCACCUUGGGGCCCGUGUCAGGCCGUGUGCAGUCCUUACGACGGCUUCCUCACAAUUGAGGUUCUCUUCGAUUUCACCUCCUCCACUUCCAUCGGCGGGCUGCCGUGUUCCAAAGGUCAGAUCUACGACCCCUUCCUGGAGCGAUGCCGUGUGCUGACUUGUGCAGCGGGGUAUUGGUUAAGUGGUGAGGAAUGUGUGGCAGAGAUCCCCUUUUCUCCACCAAACAACAGUAGCAUGGAUAUAUCUCUGGUCGAGUGCUUGUCGGAGCGUCUUGGCAAAGACUCAGAAGGCUGGCAGGCCUUGAUGGCAGGUUUGAGUAUCACUUUGGAGGAGCCACACUCGGACACGUUCACACUUAUCCUUCUUCUGAAUUCGGCUUGGGAGGCGCUCGACGUCGAAGCAACUGUUGAUUUGACGCUUUACUCAGCAAGGAUGAACGGUUCCACCUUAAACUCAUUGUUGUUGUGUAACAUAUCAGACCUAUUAGUGCUGGUUCCAUUUAUCCAAGUUGAAUCCAGUCACUGUAGCAGUGGAUACUGGAAUGGAACAUUUCCAGGAUAUGACGGGCGACUUUUGGAGGUUGUUAAGUACCAAAUCACGACCAACGGACAGUACAAAAAAGAAAGUGCAUCGCCUUUGUGCCUGAAAGUGAUUAGCCUCAACUGCUCAUCCCUUUUGACGUUAGAAGUCUUUGAGUACUACUUCUCAGCUCAGCAAAUUCUUGAAAUUGUUGCAAGUGGCAAACGUAUACCUGUUGCCAAGUAUGUUAUCUUUCCCGAUGGAUCUGCAGUCGUCUGCUCCUUCACGGGACCAAUGCCAGAGGGGUUAGAACCAAGCAUCCGACGGGCCUUAUCGUUUGCAGGAAGCUGCCUUUCGUUGCUGGCCCUGACUGCCACUUUCGUCACAUACUGUGUCUUUCCUGAGCUGCGAAACACGGCAGGCAAGUCUANUGAUGAAUCUCGUUGCGGCCUUGUUUGUCGCCAUCUUGUUAUUCUUGCUGGCCGGCUAUCUGAAGCAGAACCAUGCUACCUGCAUGGCCGGGGCAGCAACGGCACACUUCGCUUGGCUGGCAGCCUUCGCAUGGAUGACGGUUCUGAGCAUCAGUGUUGCCUAUACCCUGGGGUCUAA